CUGGUUUCAAUCUCCAAUUCAACUCCUUCUGGUUUCUUUGUGAAGAUGAACUUUGUCGUGGCUUUCGUAUUCUUGUAUCUAACCACUUUAGCGCCAUGUCACGUUCGCUCGCAACAGAGACAUCUCAUCAAAAUGACGCUGGUUAGGAAUGCUCGUGCUACCAAUGCACUUUGUUUGGACGGGAGUUUACCGGCGUAUCAUUUGGACAGAGGAUUUGGAGAUGGCAAAGACAAUUGGCUUCUACAAUUUGAGGGAGGUGGAUGGUGCAAUGACCUGAAGUCAUGCUUGGAGAGAGCCAAAACUAGGAGGGGCUCUACUAGUUAUAUGAGCAAGUUCGAGGAUUUCAAUGGUAUUUUAAGCAACAGUGCCACCCUUAAUCCAGGAUUUUACAACUGGAACCGUGUUAAGCUGAGAUAUUGUGAUGGAGCUUCAUUUACCGGAGACGCUGUGUUCACUGACAAGAACACAACACUUUAUUUCAAAGGGCAAAAGAUUUGGGAUGCCAUCAUUCGCGAUCUUCUACCACAAGGUUUGGGAAAGGCACAAAAGGCUUUGCUUUCAGGUUGCUCAGCAGGAGGUUUAGCAACUUUUCACCAUUGUGAUGACUUUGCCAAGUAUUUGCCAACAAAUGCAACUGUUAAGUGCUUGAGUGAUGCUGGUUUUUUUCUUGACGAAAGAGACAUUAGUUUGAACUACACUUUUAGGUUGUUCUUCAAAAAUGUAGUUCAAUUGCAGGGAGCAGAGCAGAACCAGAAUAAAAAUUGUACCAUGGCACUCAAGUCUCCAGAGUUGUGCUUCUUUCCACAAUAUGCGUUGAGUUACAUAUCAACACCAUAUUUUAUCUUGAACUCUGCCUAUGAUGUAUUCCAAUUCCAUAAUAUAUUAGUGCCACCCUCUGCUGACUUACGCGGAUACUGGAACAGAUGCAAGCUGAACCCUGCAGCGUGCACACCAGACCAAAUUAAUACAUUGCAAGGUUUUAGGCUUGACAUGCUUGCUGCUUUGAAACCGUUCAAUACGAAUUCAAGAACAGGAGGGAUGUUCAUAAAUUCAUGUUUUGCUCAUUGCCAAAGUGAACUGCAAGAAACAUGGUUUGCCGCUGAUUCUCCAAGAAUAAACAAGAAGACUAUUGCAGAAGCAGUUGGUGAUUGGUAUUUUAGUAGAAACACUAGCAAGGAAAUAGAUUGUGCAUAUCCAUGUGAUUCAACUUGCCAUAAUCUUAUACCAUAAGUUCAGGUCACUUGGAAGAUUAAACUGAACGUUUUUCCUUAACCUUCUUUGUUUCUCGUAGAAAAGCUCUUAUAGUUCUCUUAAAAAGAAUUAAGAGGGAUUUUUCGUUGAAAACCAUACACAAUGAAUGCUAGACAGACAUAAAAUUAUUUGAUAGGAACAAGAGAAAAGGUAAGAAAAAAACGUGUUUUGAACGAUUUCAAUUUUUUUUUUUCUUUUCUUAUCUCUAAAAGGUCAUCGAUCAACUAUGUUUGUAUGCCUUAAAAAAUUUCAUAUGUGAACUUGAAAUGACAUUGAAUAUAAAUAAAAUAAUAGUAGAAAUACGAUGUAAUAGGUCUAUAUUUGU